ACAAAAACUGGUAAAUCUUUAUAUCCUCAACCCAAGGAUUUGGUGGGGUUUCAGCUCGGAAAAUUUGAUAAGCUAGACGAAUAUUGGUUUCUGUAGCUUGUUUUCUUCUGAUCUUCAUCACUUUGGUGCUUGGAAUUGUUCGGAUUCCGAUCAGAUUUGGAUUUACGGGAGGAGUAUAACGCCUAGGUUUCCGAAUUGGGUCAUCUUUUGUGAAGACUGAAGAGUUCCCGUCGAUUAAUCCCCCGGGCUGGGGGCCGGAGGUGGAGGAUUGAAAGGGAACAAUGAAGGAUUUGAUCGGAAGACCGGGGACGAAGAGUGGACUAGCUUUGAGAAUGGGUCAAUCGGCAUUUGCGGCUGCUUCAAUCGGCGUUAUGGUUUCUGCUUUGGGUUUCUCUAGCUUCACUGCUUUCUGCUAUUUGAUUGCAUCAAUGGGCCUUCAAGUGCUUUGGAGCUUUGGACUUGCAUGCCUUGAUAUGUAUGCUUUGAGGAGAAAAAGAGACCUUGAAAACCCAAUAUUGGUCAGCCUUUUUGUUGUUGGUGAUUGGGUGACAGCCACUUUAUCCCUGGCUGCUGCAAGUUCAUCAGCAGGGAUUGUUGUUCUUUAUGCCAAAGAUUUGGACGUCUGCAAGUCUCAUAAAAAUCUUCCUUGUAACAUGUUCCAGAUCUCCAUAGCUCUUGCUUUUAUCACCUGGGCUCUUAUUGCUAUGUCAUCACAUGUCAUGUUCUGGAUUUUAUUAGCUUCAGUCUAGAAAACCCAUACUCGAUUCCUUUCUUUAUUGAUGAAAAGCAGGCCAUCUGUAAAUAAUCUCGUUUUUAUAACAUUCAUUUUUGACAUUUUUCAUGUUUUCAUGUACAAACUCUUGGUUUUGAAGCAAAGGGGAUGUUUCCAUUU